AUGGAUACAAAAAGAAACGAUGACAAUGAUGAUGUUCAUAGACGCUGCAAGUGUAAGAAGACCAAAUGCUUGAAACUUUAUUGUGAUUGCUUUUCUGCUGGAUUCUAUUGUUAUGAAGCAUGUAGUUGUAAAGAAUGCUUCAAUCUACGUGACUAUGAAGAUGAAGUCCAGGAGUCACGUGAAUGCAUAGAAGAGAGAAACCCACUUGCAUUUUCACCCAAGAUUCAUUCUCUUGAGGGUGGAGAUAAGCUAAUGCCAAAUGUACAAAAACAUAGAAAAGGUUGCAUAUGUAAGAAGUCAAUGUGCAUGCAUCGGUAUUGUGAGUGCUAUAAGGGUAAAGUCGGAUGCUGGAGUAAUUGUCGAUGUGAAGGGUGUAAAAAUGUUCAUGGUAUGAAAGGAGGAGGAAAGUGUGACAUAAUGAUAGGAACAAGUAUAAGGGAAUCUGGUUUGGAUCAAAACGAAUUCAUAAAUCGGUUCACACCUCAAGAUAAAAAUGGUGGAGAUCUAAAAUCAUCGAUGAAUCUUUAA